GGAGGCGGCGGCGGAGGCGGGAGUUUGCGCGGUGAGGCGGCGGCCGAGGGGACCCGGCCGGGAGGGGCGGAGAACGUGAGGCCUGCGUGGCCCCCCCUCCGGCUUCUUGAGAGGCCGCCGCGGCCGGCGGGACGGUCGGCUUGGGCUACUACUAGGCCGCGGCGCCUGGCUUUGCUCCAGGGGUCCCGGCGAGGAGGAGCGGCAGCGGCGGCCAUGGCGGCGGCGGAGACCAAGAUCAUCUACCACCUGGACGACCAGGAGACGCCGUACCUGGUGAAGCUUCCCAUCCCGGCCGACCGGGUGACGCUGGGCGACUUCAAGGCGCUGCUCAACCGGCCCAACUACAAGUUCUACUUCAAGUCUAUGGACGAUGAUUUCGGCGUUGUGAAGGAAGAAAUCUCAGACGACAAUGCAAAGCUUCCCUGUUUCAACGGCCGCGUGGUGUCUUGGCUGGUGUCUGCUGAGGGGUCUCAUUCGGAUGCUGGGUCUGUCUGCGCCGACAAUCAGCCGGAGCUGCCGCCCUCCAUUGAGCGUACUGGAGGAAUAGGAGACUCCAGGCCUCCUUCUUUUCAUCCCAAUACUGGAGGAAGUCGGGAGAACCUGGAUAAUGAGACUGAGACUGAUUCAGUGGUAUCGAUACAGAGGGAAAGGCCGCGCAGGAAAGAUGGACCUGAAAAUGCCCCCAGGGUGAACGGGACAGCCAAGGCGGAACGGCGGCGGGAAGUAGGGGGCUAUGAAAGCUCCUCCACCCUCAUGAGCAGUGAACUCGAAACCACCAGCUUCUUCGACUCAGAUGAAGAUGAUUCUACAAGCAGGUUCAGCAGCUCAACAGAGCAGAGUAGCGCCUCCCGGCUGAUGAGAAGGCACAAACGACGCAGGCGGAAGCAGAAAGUACCACGCAUUGAACGGUCCUCAUCCUUCAGCAGCAUCACAGAUUCUACCAUGUCGUUGAACAUUAUCACAGUUACUCUCAACAUGGAGAAGUACAACUUCCUGGGCAUCUCCAUCGUCGGGCAGAGCAACGAGCGUGGUGACGGCGGCAUCUACAUUGGCUCCAUCAUGAAGGGAGGGGCUGUGGCAGCCGAUGGAAGAAUUGAGCCCGGAGACAUGCUGCUGCAGGUGAAUGAUAUCAAUUUUGAAAACAUGAGCAACGACGAUGCUGUGCGAGUGCUGAGGGAGAUUGUGCACAAGCCAGGGCCCAUCACUCUGACUGUUGCCAAGUGCUGGGAUCCUAGCCCCAGGGGCUGCUUCUCGCUACCCAGGAGUGAGCCCAUCAGGCCCAUUGACCCAGCAGCCUGGGUUUCCCACACCGCAGCGAUGACCGGCACCUACCCAGCGUACGGUAUGAGCCCAUCCAUGAGCACAAUCACUUCCACCAGCUCCUCCAUCACCAGCUCCAUCCCAGAAACCGAACGUCUCGAUGACUUUCACCUGUCCAUCCACAGCGACAUGGCCACGAUUGUCAAAGCCAUGGCUUCACCAGAGUCGGGCUUGGAGGUGCGCGACCGCAUGUGGCUGAAGAUCACCAUCCCCAAUGCCUUCAUUGGAUCUGAUGUGGUAGAUUGGCUCUACCACCAUGUAGAAGGCUUCACAGACAGGCGAGAAUCCCGCAAGUAUGCCAGCAACCUCCUGAAGGCCGGUUACAUCCGACACACUGUCAACAAGAUCACGUUCUCGGAGCAGUGCUACUACAUCUUCGGCGACCUCUGCGGCAACAUGGCCAGCCUGUCUUUGCAUGACCAUGAUGGGUCCAGUGGCGCCUCCGAUCAAGACACCUUGGCACCUUUGCCUCACCCAGGAGCUGCCCCAUGGCCCAUGGCCUUCCCCUACCAGUACCCGCCACCCCAUCCAUAUAACCCCCACCCUGGAUUUCCUGACCCAGGCUACAGCUAUGGAGGCGGAAGCGCGGGCAGCCAACACAGCGAAGGAAGCCGGAGCAGCGGCUCCAACCGCAGCGGCAGCGAGAGGAGGAAGGAGCGAGAGCCCAAGGCAGGGGAGUCCAAGUCGGGCGGCAGUGGCAGUGAGUCGGACCACACCAGCCGCAGCAGCAUGCGGAGGGAGCGAGCGGCCAGCGAGCGCUCGGUCCCGGCCAGCCAACGCAGCCACCACUCGAUGGCUCACAGCAUCCGCAGCCACCACAGCCAGCAGUCCUACGGGCCUCCCGGCCUGCCGCCUCUCUACAGCCCUCCCAUGCUGCUGAUGCCUCCGCCGCCUUCCGCCCUGGGACCCCCGGGGGCUCCCCCUGGCCGAGACCUGGCCUCUGUGCCCCCUGAACUGACGGCCAGUAGACAGUCAUUCCGAAUGGCCAUGGGCAACCCCAGUGAGUUCUUUGUGGAUGUAAUGUGAAACGCCGCCCCUCCCUCCGCCUGCCUGCCGCCCCCGUUGGUUUUGUCUCCUAGGAACAGCCUGGCCUGCGGGGGAUUCUUUUUCUUUUCUUUUUUUGGUCUUUGGAAUUAUGAAAAGGGAAAAAAACCCGAAAAUAAACUGAACUAAAUGUUUUUGAUUCUAAUCCCUGCCUGCAAGAGGGCCCGGCAGCCUCACCUGAACCACCCCUGGACUUGAUUGCAGAGGCGCGUCCCACCCCCUUGCUUGUGCCAACCCCUCCCCCCAUAACCCCUUCUCUAACCCAUUAAUCCGCAUCUGCCUGGGGACUCUGCUGCUCGCCUGUGUUUUCCCUGCCGGCUCACUUCUCCUGCCCUAAACACAUGCCCUCUUUCUUCUCGCCCCUUUUUGUGUCCCUCUCUGUCGAGCAGCCAAGAAUUACGGGGUGUUUGACUUCCUCUGAGCUGGCCGCCCGUGCUGGGGAGAGCCGCAGCGUGCUGUGGUGGUUUGGCUCCCCCACAACCGAGGAAGAUGCAGAGCCCUGCAGGCAGGCACUUGGCCAUGUGGGGGCUGAAGAUGGCUUCUUUCCAUACCGGGAGAAGGUGCCCCACCUUAUCCAUAACCCCGGGAAGGGAGCAGGGCUCAGAUCCAGCUGUGCCUUCAGUCUUCCAUCCGUUAAGAUGUAGCCGCUUGGUGGCCAUUGGCAUGAGGUUGAGAGGAGAGCUCCCACCUUGCCAGGCAGGUGAGAGUUCCCCUUGAGAGCUUCUCAGAUGGUGAUCAGAGCCGGAAGUCGCCAUGUCUUGAUUAGCGCCAAUAGCGAGAGUGCCUACCCCCGGUAUCCAUAGUUCACGUUCCUGAAGGUACUACAGGUACAAGUGCCCCUCUUUCUAAUAUGUUUUCUUUCUCUACCCAAGCGCUCAUGGUGAGGCAUCAUCUUGCUCUAUCUCUUCGAUGUCUGGUGGCCUGCUUGGUAGAGCCUUUUUUACUGCCACCUUUCCACACCCAGGUCUCUCUUGUACCCAUCAGUCAUUUGUCUCUUAAGCCGAGCUGUUUUUAGAUGCUCUCUGUCCCCCUCAGCCUGCUCCACUGUUUCGUUUAAAUGCCGUGCAUCCACACUACAUAUAACCCUGGCAGCAGUAUGCCUUGGUAUUUCCUCUUCCCACCUCCCCAUUUUGGGGUCGUCAUGGUUGUGGACAUGGGUGGAUCUCCAAAAUCAGAAGAGUUUCUGCACUAGGCUUAUGUCCCAGGGGCCAGAUGAGUUGCCCAAGUGGACACCUGCCCCAUGAUUGCCAGCAGCAAAAUAAACAAUAAACUUAUGCAGUGCUCCUGUUCACUGUUCCUGUCACUCAGCAUUGUCUUCUGCCAUGACGCUGCAGUCCAUUCUCCCCCCCCCCCCCGCCCAAACAUCCAUUCAUCUUUCCUUGGCCAUUGAGAAUACACUGAAAUUUUUAUUGGGUUGUUUUUAGGGUCUCCCCCAGAAAAGGAUUUUAUGUACUCCAGCAAAUAUCAGAUUGCUGAGCCUCCUCCCUCUUGGAUGCAGAUGCAGAAGUCCAUUAAAUAUUUUAAAUUAUUUUUAACCCUAACUAUUCUCAACACAUGGCUGAUACUAUAUACUUAAUUUACCCAAGUGCCAAAUUGUUUUGCUGCAGCUCCAUCACCCAGGCUAAGGAUCAGUGGGAAGUGGCUGUCUGUCCAUAGCUUUUUCCUCUGCUACUUUUUAAUGACUGCUGUGGUGAUCUGUAAUCAUGGACUCUUCCCUUUGAUAGCUGAGGGACAAGUAGUAAUUGUACCAAUUAACUAGGACCACGUUUAUUCUGAAUAUGCCCAAGGUUAGCUGAAGUGUCACCUUUAACUUAGACCAGCACAUUUUAUGCCAUCUGUCAUGCCAGUAUCCAUCCCAAACUGAUGUUGAGCCAUGCUUGGGAAUGAGGCCUAACUUUUCACUGCUGUGCAUGGAAGAGGGGGCUUUAAAAAUGUGCACUCUUCAAGCUGAGUGCUUGCUUCUGCUGUCUCCACCCUCUGAACGAGCACUAGCACACCAGUGAAAAGCAGGUGAGCAGGGCAUGUGUAGAAAAUAAGGGCUCACUCUUUUCUCCCUUGCCGUCUUUACCUUAGCAGCUGUUAGGCCUUUCUGGACACAAGUGCAGGAAGGUUUGGGCUUGAAGGCAGGGGGAAAGAGUCCCACAACUAAGCCCAGACUGCUCUAUGGACACACUCUGCAUUUUGUGUGUGUCUGGGAUAUAAGCAGGGCCUCUGGCUUAUCUACAUUGCUUGCAGCUGUGCUGUAACAUAGACACUCCAGAAUCGCACAUGGGGGAAUGUCAGUUUCCAAAACAUUCCUAGCCCUCACACUUGCAGAGGGAGCGCAGUGACCAUGUUUGCUAAAUCAUAGAAAAUACAAAUGGUUGAAGAAGAGAUUUAGGAAGUCCAGAGACAUCUUCACCCAGUAUAGCGCUGUGUCCUUCCUUGUGGCUUCUGUUUAAUCCCCCUGCCUUUUCUAUACUUGCCCUCUCCACUCCCUGCAUUUCUCAGUCAAUCCUAGCCCAUCCUUCUUAGCCACCCACGUGCAGAAUUUCUUACAUUUGCAGGCAGGGAAGGCUUGCAAUAGAGGAGUUAUACUGAACUGCAAAGCACACAGACAGAUACAGUCAUGUGUGACUUUACACAAUUUUCACGCAGUUCUUGUAGGAAACUCAUCACACGUGAAGCAAUAUUUAACUCUGCUUGCUAUGGCAGAGAUUUGUUCAGUGGAGAAUUCCAGAGCCCUUGACUAUCCCACGCCGAUGCAAAAAAUUGUACGAUUUAUCACAGCCCACCUUUAGCUAAACUGCUUAUGUGCUCUUGCCAAAGACCUGGUUGGGAGAAGCACCCUCUAUUAGACGGUACAUUCUAGUCCCCUUGCGGCCCCAAACCAUCUUUGGCCUUCCAGCCAUGCGACAGUUGUCUUCUGCACCAAAUAUCAACUGUUUUUGGAAUGUCUUGUGGGGUUUGUUUUUAAGAUUGAAGUGUUCUUCACUCCUGCUUUCCUCUCCAGCCCAACAUCAGCUCCCCCUUUUUGCUGGUCCCCUAAGCCCACCACCAUGAUGCCAGUUCUUCUACACCUUUGCCACUGCUCUGCUCAUUUGGUCUUUUCAACCAUUUACCCUUUCUGCCUACCAUUAGCCUCUCUUUCAGGGCACUGCCCGUGAUCUUAAGUGUCAUGUUGCCAGUCCUCCCUAUCUCCUCCUCCUCCUCCUCCUCCUCCUCCUCCUCCUCCUCCUCCUCCUCCUCUUCCUGGUGCUAUAUUGCCAUUCAGUCCCCCCUCUUCCUCCUCUUCCUCUAGCUCCUUCCCUCACCUGGCACUACAUCACCAUCUUGCUCUCUUUUCAACUUCUCCCCCCCCCCCACUUUGGUGCUAUUUUCUCUCGUCACACAUAUUGCCCCUUCUCUCACGCACCCCUCGGUUUUAUAUAAAUUGAAACCACCCUACUUGUUUUUAUUUAUAAAAUAGUUUUAUUGGACUCAACCUUGCCUGUGUGUUGCUCAUUUUUGUCAGUAUCCAAAAGAUUUAGCCUGCCCCUUGUACACAUGACAUCAUCAUAAUAAUAUACAGUGGUACCUCGCAAGACGAAUGCCCUGCAAGACGAAUUUUUCGCAAGACGAAUGCAUCUUGCGAUCUGAUGGUGACUCGCAAGAUGAAUUCGUUUUGUGAAAAAUUCGUCUUGCGAAUUGCGGUUUCCCAUAGGAAUGCAUUGAAAUUUAAUUAAUGCGUUCCUAUGGGCAAAAAAAGAAAUUUCAAUGCAUUCCUAUGGGAAACCGUGAUUCGCAAGACAAAUUUUUCGCAAAUUGACUCGUGGAACAAAUUAAAUUUGUCUUGCGAGGCACCACUGUACAGUUGUACCUAGGAUCCCGAACACCUUGGUACUCGGACAUUUUGGCUCCCGAACGCAGCAAACUCGAAAGGGAGUAUUCCGGUUUGUGAACAUUCUUCAGAACACGAACGUCUGACAGGGCUUCUGCGGCUUCCUAUUGGCUGCAGGAGCUUCCUGCAGCCAAUCAGAAGCCGCACUUUGGUUUCCGAACGUUUUGGAAGUUGAACAGACUUCCAAAACGGAUUCCAUUCGACUUCCAAGGUACGACUGUAUUAUGAUGAUGAUGAUGAUGAUGAUGAUGAAUGUGCUGCCCAUCUGAUUGGGUUGCCCCAGCCACUUUGGGCGGCUCCUGACAAAAAAAUAGUAAAAACAAUACAACACACACUAAAAACUUCCCUGAACAGAGCUGCCUUCAGAGCGGUCUUUUGAAAAGCACAUACGGUAGCUGUUUAUCAGUUUGGCAUCUGCUGGGAGGGCGUUCCCCAGGGUAGGCAUGACCACUGAAAAGCCCCUCUGCCUGGUUUCCUCCCCUCUUGCAAUGAAGGAACCACCAGAAGACCCUUGGUGCUGGAUCUCAGCGUCUGGGCUGCGUGAGAUGCUCCAGCCCCAUUCACAUUUUCCAUUUCCAUUUCGCUAUAAUGUCUACACACUCUCAUACUUUAAUGCUUGUGGAAAUGCCCCUUUAGGCUUCCUCCUGCUUCUGGAGUAGAGCCAGAAUGAAAACUGAAUGAGGUUUUGGAGCAGUGUCUUGGGAAGCUGUGGCUCAAAUGUAAGCCUGGUUUCCAGGGAAGACCAUCGUACAAAAAGGAGCAAUGGGACAGAUAGGAAGCAGGGGAAAGAGGGCCAUGGCAGAGGUGAGAAUGCAAAAGAAGAAAGCUGAGGUGCUAAAAACAAAGGGGGGAUGUUAAAAUGGGGGGGGGUUGGCUAUUCUGAAAAGGCAGGUAAAUGUGAAGGACGCCCUGCACAAAACGGCAGCAGCACACAGUAGCCACUUUCUGCUGUUCACCAACACCUGUGUCAGCUCCCCGUCCCAGUGGUUGUCAGUGGUGUCUACAAUUUUCCAUCCUUCAGCAGAAGAAUGAACUGGAAGGAAGGGAAAGAUGUAGCAGGCUCUACCAUCAAGUAGCAGAUUAGUUGCAUUUGUAACCUCACAAUGUAUUUUUUCAGUACAGUGAGCUUGGGAAAUUGAGAAUUUUCAGGCAAUUAUCUGUGCAAACGGGACAUAAAGAUAACAAGGCACCUGUGCACUUCAAGUCAAUGGGAGUAAAAGCACCAACCUAUUCUGCCUUGGUCAGACCGCACCUGGAAUACUGUGUCCAGUUCAGGGUGCUACCAUUUAAGAAGGCUGUUGGCAAGCUGGAACAUGGGCAAACGAAGGCAAACAAGAUGAUCAGUGGUCUGAAAACCAAGCCUUAUGAGGAAUAGUUGACGGAGCUGGGUAUAUUUAGCCUGGGAAAGAGGAGACUGAAAGAAGAUCUAGCCAGUGUUGGUUUUUUUCUGUGGGAACUCAAGCGUGCUCAGUACCGGCACCUCCAUCUUCAGAUAUCUAAAGGGCUGCCACAUGAAAGGUGGAGUGAGCUUGUACCCGUACCGAUAGAUUCAAGUUACAAGAAAGGGUGUAUAUAUAGGUGUGGGGGUGCUGUAUUAAACUAACUCAGAGUAGAUCCACUGAAAUUAAUGGACUUAGCCAUGUUCAAUAAAUUCAGCUAGUGUACUUUGAAUAAUACCACCUGUCAAUUACACACCAAUGUUGAGAUGAUGAUGAUGAUGAUAAUAAUAAUAAUAAUAAUAGUUUAUUAUUUAUACCUCACCCAUCUGGCUGGGUUUCCCCAGCCACUCUGGGCGGCUUCCAACAAAAUAUUAAAAUACAAUGGUCUGUUAAACAUUAAAAGCUUCCUUAAACAGGGUUGCCUUCAGAUGUCUUCUAAAAGUCUGGUAGUUGUUUUUCUCUUUGACAUCUGGUGGAAGGGCGUUCCACAGGGCUGGUGCCACUACCAAGAAGGCCCUCUGCCUGUUUCCCUGUAACUUGGCUUCUCGCAGCAAGGGAAACGUUUAGUACAUACUUCUGGAACUAUAUGGACCACUUCAGAAUGCAAGCAGGGGAGAAUUUUCUUCAGCCUGUCUGUUCAUCUGCUAUGCUGUUGCUCUGUUGGCAAAAAUAAGUCUUGUAGCUCCUUAAAACACUAUUUCGGGGGCAGAAACUUCAUAAUACUGCUACCCCUCUGUUAGCUUUUUUUUUUAAUGUGAAGUGUAGGUGACUAUUUCUAAAAAUAAAAUGGACAGGACAAGCCUUUGUUUUGUGGGGGGAAACCCAAAAAUGAUCAGUGUUCUUUGGCUGCCUGUAAUUCCCUUUGUUUAAGUUCAAUUUACUUAAGUUGCUUGGUGCUAUUUACAGCCAGACAUGACAGUAUGAUAUGGAUAUAAAAUAUACUUGUGAUAAAUGCCCUUUAGAUUAUGUUUGUUAGCUGUCUGUGGGGUAUAAAUCUUAACGAAUUACAGUGGCCAGGUCCAAAAGAGAACAGAUUAUUUAAAGGGCAUAUAGAAGAUUGAAUUUAUACAUCUCUAAUAGGUGUAAAGAGGAGGGAAUUUCAGCAGGUAAAGGUUGUCAUAUAAGCUACUACGGUAGUAGUGCAGAUAGGUAAUCUUAGAUUAGAGCCUAGGACUUCCCCUCCCCCUUCCCUUUAAGCAUCCAUGUGUAUUACUGAAUCACACAAUUAACACUUUCCUCCCACCUGCGCCCAAUUACUGCUGCAUUCCUAAUAGGACAAAACCAAUUUGUCAUUCCUUAAAAAAAAAUACUCUGAGCUUGUGCAACAUUGCAUUUAAGAACACAAAUCAUAACACCAUCAUUACAGGAAAGAAAACACGAUUUUUGCUACUGCCAGCUUGAUGCACAGGUCCUUUCAAAUGAGCAGUUUUGUUGUUAGAAAUAUAUAAUACAUUUUAAAAACUUAAUUAUAAUAAUUACUGGAAGGAGCAUCUAAAGCAGGCAUCGAU